UCUUGUUUCGAUUGGGGAAGUCGUCUUUUGUUGAGUGAUGUGGGUGUUUUCCGCGGCGUGGAUGUGAAAGUUUCUUGUGUAAACUGUUUAUUGAAGAAAAAAAGAAUGGUUUAAGACAAAAGAUUUUCUUCGUCAUUCCUUUCUUUGCAGCAUUUGCAAUUUGUAGUUAAUUGCUGAAGCGCAACUGCAAGUACGCAGCGCAUUGGAGCGUUCGUGUGCCAAAUCUACAGCAACAUAAGCUAUCAAUCAGUCAGUCAGUCAUUUACAAUAUUCAUAUUCAAUUACUCACGCACUCACAUACAAACAUAAAUACCUAAAUAAAAAAUUAAACGAGAUACAACAACAAUAGCAGCAGCAAAAAAUUAAAAAUAAAAAAAUAAACGCAAAUGUAGCACAUCUUAGCAGCUCAGCAGCACUCGGAUUUAUUCGCAUCGAAAAUUUGUAAUUGCUCAUUGUAGUAAACAAAGAAUACAACAAAAACAAAACACCAAAGCAUCAAUGUUUUAGUUAGAGUUAUUUAUCUAGUAGUAGAAAAGAGUGAUCUGAAGGGAUCUUCACACUUUCGCUCGCAAAAAGUUACGGAACAUUUCAACGAAAUCAUCAAAAAUGUACCAAAAAUCAACAGAAACUACAGUAAAAACAACAACAUCAACAACACAUGCACUAGCUAUGAAAAUGCAAAUAGAUUCCGGUGAGUCAGCAGCAAAGCAGCGCCGCCAUACCACGACCUCGACCUCGACCACCACCACCACCAAUACACGGUGCCAUAUCUCCUGCUGGAGCACGCUCAUUGUUGCGCUCUUAGCAGCGCUUAGCACUUUCGCCAGCCAAUCUCAAGCAUUCGAUUUGGGCAAUGAAUUGAAUCUCAAGCCAACAAAGUAUACAGAAUGGACAAAGAAUGUCACGUACGUUAGCUCCACAGCUUAUAAUGCGCGUGGCAUGCAGCCACUAUACGAUAUUACACACAAAGUUAUUUGGUUUUUCACCGGCGAACAUCCACUGCCAGAAGGCUACCUCGUGGUCAAGGAUAACGAUAUUGAGUUUGGUCCGAAAGUUGAACGCAACGAAUGGAUUGAUUUAAUUAAACACUAUUGGCUAAUAUGGCUAAUUGUUUUGCUCGUUGGACUGCUAAUUGUUACAAUGCCAGUUGUUGGCCUCUGCUUUUGUUGCUGUCGCUGUGCUGGUGCUUGCGGUGGUCGCUCGGAGCCGUUUGACAAGAAACACGACACCUGCCGCCGUGUGUUCUUGGGAUUUUUGCUCAUAGCAUUGGCAACAGGUUUACUUUUCGGUGUUAUUGUCACAUUUGCCACAAACAGUUAUAUGCAACAAGGUAUUGAGAAUAGCACAAAUCGUGUACGUGAUGGCAGCAUUGAUACCCGUAAAUUCCUCGAAGUUACAUCCGAGCAAAUCGAUCAUGUUUUAAUUACAAAUUACAAACAAUUGUCUAUACAGUUGGACAACAUUUUGCGGGAAACAUCCAGUUUCAUUAUAAAAGAGUUGGAACAGAAAUCCAUGGCAGUUUCGCUUAUUUACCUUACAGACUUUUUAGAAAAACUGCCACAGCUUAGAUUAAAGUUACAAAAAAUGAAAAACAUUACCAACGAACUGCGCGUUAAUGCCUCACAAUUGAGUGAUGGUUUGCGUGGUGUAAAACGUGAUCUGCUAAUAAUGCUUACAAAAUGUAAUAAUAAGGCAUGCCAAGAUGUGCUCAACAAAUACGAAAUCGGCAAGCUUGAUGCUAACGGUAUACAUUAUGAUCAGAUGGUAGACCGAUAUUUUCCAAAGCUGCCGGAUGUUACAAAAAUUAUCGAAAAUUUAGAUAAUUUGAUAAGUAAGGACAUAGCUUCGGCUGGCAAGCGUGGACGUGAUAUGCUCAGUCAAAUGCGAGCGCAUCUCAAUGAAACAAUUGGAAAAUAUACACCAGAAGUUAUUAAAUCUAUAAAUAAAGCAGGCAAUGCUUUCCAACACGCCUCAAAUGAAAUCAAAAUGGAACUUAACAAAUUGUCGCUUGUUAUAAAAGACAAUACUAAAAAGUACACUGGUGUUGCGGAUGAUUAUUUGGAUGAAUAUGGACCGUAUAGAUUUUAUUUCGGCAUAGCAGUUUGCUCUAUACUAUUGCUGAUCUUGGUUUGCUUAGUAGCUGCAUUGCUGUGUGGCAUAUGUGGCAAACGCCCAGACGGUUAUGGUGACGAUUGCUGUAAUAAAGGCUCUGGUUCGCGUUUCUUGAUGAUGGCUGUAGCACUGAUUUUCCUAUUCAUUUCAUUGAUUGCUUUAGUAGCGCUGGCUCACUUUUUGAUCGGUCUAAUCGCCUACCGUGGCUUAUGUCUUCCAUUAAAGGACCCUCAAAACGAUGAAAUAUUCGCUCAACUUGACAACUCUAUUGACUUGAAUAAUGUGCUUUAUCCGCCACAAAAUAAGGGCAAGUUGACUUCAGGUGGUUUACCACCUUUACGCAUAUCUCAUGUGAUCACCGCCUGUCAGCGUAAUCAAACCAUUUACGAAGUGUUGCAUAUACAUAAUCGCAUCGAUAUACAUGAAAUAAAUGAUUACCCAGCUCAGUAUAAGAUCAAUCAAACCUUAGAUGAUUUAGUUGCUGGUAUUUCUUUUGACGACAGCGAUGUGCUCAUACUAAGUCCAGAGGAUAAACAACGCAUACUGAGCCUCGGCGAAUCAGCAUUGAAGAACUUUGAUUCUGCACAAUAUAUUGAUAAUCUUAACGAUACAAUAACCAAAUAUUCAUUAACGGAAAUUGCUCAACAAUUAAGCCAGACAGCAAAUAAAAUCGAAAAUAGCGAUGAUAUGAAAGAUGUACGAGUUAGUUUGCGUAAUCAGGCUUUACAUUUGGAGACAUACGAACACAAUUUGGCGAUACCAAUGAAAAAUCAAUCAGUGGAACUUAUACGGCUAGCAGAUGAUUUGGAUCAUAGCCUACGCUAUAAGGAUCAUCCAUUCCACGAAUCCAUACCGUUGCUGGUCAAUGAGAUUGAACGUGCGCAGACGUUCUUCCGCGUAGAUGGACGUCAGUUUGUUAGGGCAACCGCAGAAAAUUUGACACACUACUUUGCAAGUGAAAUAGAGAAUUAUUUGAGAAUGGUCGUGCAGGCAGUCGAGCGGAAAAUUGGCUUAUGUGCGCCGUUAGCUAAUGUCUACGACUCUGGUAUAGUUGCACUGUGUAGUUCUGUUGUUAAUCCAUUGAAUGGUUUCUGGGCUGGCGCCGCAUUGUGUGUUGUGCUCUUUUUGCCCACCUUGAUGGUCGCGGUCAAAUUGGCAAGCUUGUACCAGAAGUCAGAUCCAUAUCCUGGUCCACUAGUCGAAUCGGAGUAUUUGUAUGACGCAUAUAGUGAACGUGAUCACAUUCCAUUGGCAAAUGGGCCAAAGAACAAGCGACGAAAGAAUAAAGACCGACGUCGCGGUCGUGAAUACUAUGAGGAACCCAUCGCUUCCACGGCGCAUGGUGUGCCACCAACUGUUGGUGUGCGUGACACUCGCUACAACGACAUGGCACCCAAACAUUGGGAUGGCGGCCCACCGAGAUACCAAAAUCCCCCAAUGGCACCACCUGCAUCCGAGUAUGAACGCCCACCGCCAUAUUAUUAUCCGGGUGCUACGGAGCAAGACUAAGUAAUACAGAUUGAGAUACAUUUUUAAAAUGUCUAUAGCAAAAACAACAACCACAACAGAAACAACAAAUAAAUAAAUAGACAACAGCGCCAUAAGCAGCACUUAGAAUAAAAUAAAGCAACAAGAAAACAUAUAAAAAAUAGCAGCAACAACACUCCGCAGCGUGGCUAGCAGAGCUGGAGGAGGCGGAGAAGAAGGAGGAGAUGGCAUUGGCGAUGCAUGCAAUGACGCUGAAGUGGAGAAAUGGUCCCACAGAAGGGGUGUGUUGUGCAGCAACAAUACUCUACGGCGUGUGUGGCAAUAGUAGCUGCGGUGCGCGAUGGCGCGCACUGCAUCCAUGCUGAUAGUUAUUUUUGGGGCAAUUUUCUCUUUUUUCUUUGAUCUUUGAAAACUCGGAAAAUUCCACAUGCCACAGGCCACACACACACACACAUUUUCUACUUCUUCAAAAAUAUAAACAAACAAUCAAAAAAACGAAGCAUAUUAGCGAAUAAAAAAAAUUAAACUCAAAAUAGUGAAAGCAAACUAUAAAAACAAUUUCUUGAUUGCGCAUAAAAAUGCUGGUUUCAAAAACCGAAAAGCGUGUGCUAUAUAAUUAAACAGACAUUCUUACAUACAUAUGUAGAACAAAUUAAAUUUAAAAAUGAAAGAAGAAAAACACCAGAUACAUGAGACAAAAACGUAAACUAAAAAACAAAAACAAAACACAGCCAUUAUGCAUUCUUCAUUCCAGCGCCCCCAUAGACACAUGCAAACAUACAAUACAUACACAUAUUUAGUAGAUACUCGAAAAAUGUUCGAUAAUAUCUCAAGUAUUUUAGUUAGUUUUAUAUUGAAGUGUUACUAAAAAAUAAAAAUAAAAUAAAAAAUAAAAUAUUAUAUGUGCAUAUGUAAAAUGAGACUGUAUUUGUUAGGUUUUUUUUAAUGAGUUGGUUAGUGAGUGCAUGUCUCAUUAAUGAUGUAUGUAGUAGGUACUCACAUAUUUUUCUUUCUUUUAGAAAAAAACAUCACAUUUGAAUUUUAUGCAUAAAAAAAAGAAGAAAAAAUCAAGUAUUCAUAAAUUUAAUAAAUCCAUUUCUUAUCUGUAUGUGUACACCAUUCGAUUUAUUGCAAAUGUUUGUUAGAUUUUACAUAUAUACAUAUAUAUAUAUAUUUAUGUAUACAUAAAUGUACAAGCAAAUAAAUAAUUUUAAUUGUGAAAAGAAAGAAAACCAUUUAUAAUGAAAUGUACGAAUUUUUUUAAAUAUUAAAACCAAAUGUUUUUUUUUUCUUUUUGUUUAUACAUAUUUACAAGCAAAUCAAAUAGAGUUAAAAAUUUAGUCUAGCAUUGAAUUUUGCUUUAAGUUGAAAAUUUUUUACAAGUAUAUAUAUAUUUUUUUUUAAUUCCAUGCAACCUUAAUUGCUCACCAAGCUGCUGAGCUAAAAUAUGAGUUGUGUAUUUUUGCAACGAUUUUGUCACAAAAAUUAUAUGUAGUUUCUUAAGAAAUGCAGCGGCAAGAAUAUCGUUAACAAGUUUUUGCAGCAGCCUAGAAGCAAUAAGUUGGCAAUGUGGCAAGUAAAUAUUACAAAAUUAAAAAAGUAAUAAAAAUGUUGUAUUGAAAAUUUUGCUGGUAUAUGAAAAAUUGAAAAUAAAAAAUACAUAAGUAACUAGCAUAGCGAUAAUAAAUAAAUAAAAAAUAAUAAAUGAGAAUUAAAAAUAACCAAACAAGCGUGGUUGGCCAAGUAGCUUUUGUUGGUUGGUUCUUCAAGCAGUAAAUGAAAGAUAUACUUCUAAAAAUGCUUCAAUUUUACUGUAUGUUUAGAUAAUAGUAACGCAAACAUAUAUAUUGAUCUAAUGAUACCAUAUAAGAUAUAAAAGAAAUUGCAUUUUUAGAAUACGAAGACGGUGAGGUGAGGAGGCUCGAAUGCGAGCAGUAAGUUGAAAUUUUUAAAAAGAAAUUAUAUGAGGAAAAAAAACAGCAAACAAUAUAAUUAAAAUUAAUAUGCAUAACCAAAAGAGAUAAUGUAUUUGAUUCAUAAAGAAAACUAUGAAUAACCUUUAAUAAAAUAAAUGUUAAAACAAAAAUUA